CCAGACUCCUACGGUCAUUGCAAACAAAACAAGGAGGCAGCAAUGGCGGCGAUUUUUGUUUUACUCUGAAACCUAAAAAAUGUGACGCUCUCAGUUCUAAAACAAUGUAGAAAGGAUUACCUAACCUUUUUGCCUCCCAGGAACUCCAAUGAAAGCGUAGUUGUGAAUUCUUAUUGGAGAACAGAGCCUGUAAAUGGUUGCCUGGUAAAGCGCAAUGGACAGAUCAAAUGGUGGUGUCUCUCCCGAUUCCUCUACACAUAUUGCGGAAAAGAAAGUGAAGAAAGCGAAAAAGAGAAAGCACAAACACAGAAGUCACUCCAAACACAAAAGAUCUAAGUCUUCAAGUGAGACAGACCCAUCGUCUCAUAGCAAAAGACAGAAACACAAGAAGAAGAAAUCAUCUGCACACAUUGAUGAAUCAGAUGAAGAGCCUAAUGAUAUUCAUCCACUAUCUCACUACGUAGAUAACAAAGAGGAACUCCACAAGCAAAUAUUUAGUAUUGUGCCAAAAAAGGAGAUAAAGAAUCUACUACCAGAGAUAUUAAAGGGAAUGGAUUUAAAAGAACUAAAAGGUCUUUGUCUUGAACAACUUGAAAUCAUGUCUCAAAAAAGGCUUCGACAUAUUAUUGCUGGCGAAGAAAUGCUCUCUUCGUCAUCUGACGAAAGUAAUGAGGAACAAGGCGAAAGACCAAAGGUAGUCCAGAAGGAGAAUCCACAGGCUUCCCAAGAGGAUAUACCACAGGCUGCCCAAGAAGAGAAACCACAGGGUGCUGAAGAAGAAAUGCCCCAGGAGCCAAAGAAGAAAAAGAUUCCAGAAUGUAGAAGGAAGCAAGAGGAUGCAGAUCCUGAGAAGAUUGACAUUCUCCAAGAAAUGAGUAUAUCUCCCAAUCAGGACGAGAUUGAUGAGCUUGUAGAGGGAAGGGGGACACAAGAUGACAAGACAACUCAACAAGAUGAUGGUAAUAAAGAGAUGGCCAUUGAUGAAACUGAAGAGAGUGAUGACCACGAAGCACUUGUUAUGGCAGAGGCGGAGCUUAGGGAGUUAGAGUUUAGAGCAAGAGCUCUUAAAUCCAUGGUGAAGGCUCGAGAAAUGCAACAAAAAGGAAAGACCAGUUAGGGUAGGGGGGGCAUCCUUCACAAAUGGGUGGGUGGGUGUGGAAUUUUAUGGAGUUAAACAUUAUACACAAUUAUCUAGGGAAGAAAUCCAGGAGCCCUGGCUGAGUCAUUUGAAUUUGUUUUAAAUUCAUGCUUUUACCUUUCCAAUAGGUACCAAUAAACUUAUCAGUGCAAGUAAAGCUUUAAAUGACUUUCGUAUUGAACCAGUUUAUCCAGGCGUCAAAUUCGUAUCAGUAUAUAAGUCGUGUUUUUAUUAUUCCAUUGUAAGCGAGUAUUAUAUUUUAAUAGAUAAUGAAUUUGCUUAUCAAAUUAUUAACUAUCUUUUCAAAAUUAUAUGAUAGACUGUAAUUGUCACAAAACAUGCACUUCAAUAGUAUUGCUGAUUAAAUGUUCGGCCUGUUUGUUGGAUUAUAUGUAUUAUUUUCCAGUGAAUAUAAAGUCCAUUUGUUA